GGCUGUCAGAAGAUGAACUACUCGCUCCUGAAGUACAUAUUUGAGAAGUGUCCGAAGAUAGAGAAGCUGAUAAUCGCCAACAACUUACUGGCCGACCGACAGUACGCGGAGUUGGUGUCACGCCUGGAACACUUGCAGAGCCUGGAAGUGUUCGAGAAUCGGAGAGGUGCGGGGCCCGUGCUGCUGCGCUUCCUGGCAGACACCUGCUCGAAGUUGCGGGAGAUAAACCUCAGCUGUGACUACCACCCACUGGAGGACGUCGAGUACUUCGUGAAGGCCAAGAGGGACACACUCACUUCUGCCACCGUGCGCUGGACCAUGGCGGGGAAGAGAUGUGUGGUUCCCGUGCUGAAAGAGGCCGCCAGCUCUCUCGAGAAACUGCAGCUGCGCCUCUUUGACGUGGCACCCAAGGAGGAGGCCGCGACGUUUGCAGAUCUCGGAGAGCUGCACAACCUGUGUGAACUGCACUGCAACCAGCUCUGCCCGCACCGGCCUCGCCUCAUCUCUCUCGCCUUCCAUUGGCGAGUGGUGCGACGAGAUGACUUCGUGCAGGCUCCCUCGGUGACGCAACAGCAGCAGCAGCAGCCCUCAAACAACGUGCUUUAA